AUGACGCUGGGUUCCUCACGUGUGAGCACAGGUGGAGCAACAGACGUCAUAACUGAGUUACAACCUGAGGAUGGAUCCACACACCAAACAUCUGCAGCAUCCUCAGACAGCACCGCCUCAGCUGCACCCACCACCACCACUCCUCCACCGUCUGCAUCCAGCACCAGCACACAUAGACCACCCAGGACUCACGGCCAGACCCCACCCACACACACAGACUCCACCCUUCAUCCAAACAUCUCAGAGAGUCUGACUCAAGGAGUAUUAUCAACAGCACCAACAGGUGAUGCAGUCACUGCAAGUAGCACCUCAGCUCCAUCAGUCCCACAAACGAGUACAACAAACAUCAGCACCACCGCUGCUGUAACCACACCCUCUCGGAGCAGCAUAACAGCACCUGCUCCAACCACAGCCAUCAAAACCACAUCUCCUACAGCCGCCAGUAGCACCACCCCUGUCACAACCGCAGAGACUACAGUCGCACCACCCAUAACAACACCAGCAACUACACACACAACCAUCCCUCCGCCAGCUAGAACAGCCAGCUUGACACAUACCAUCCAAACGUCCACUGGUGCCUCCACUCCCGCUACAACUGCAGGAACCAUACCCAUACCCACAGCCACGAAGCCGUCUCUAACCACAGCCGUCAAAACCACACCUACCACUGCCAGUACCACCACCCCCACCACAACCACUGAGACUUUUCCCAGUUACAACUGCAGAUACUACAACCACCACGAGCAUCAUAACAACGUCCGCAACAACCACCCCACCUACGACUGCUACAGCAUCUCCUGCUACAACCACCCCACCUACGACUGCUACAGCAUCUCCUGCUACAACCACCCCACCUACGACUGCUACAGCAUCUCCUGCUACAACCACCCCACCUCGACUGCUACAGCAUCUCCUGCUACAACCACCCCACCUACGACUGCUACAGCAUCUCCUGCUACAACCACCCCACCUACGACUGCUACAGCAUCUCCUGCUACAACCACCCCACCUACGACUGCUACACCAUCUCCUGCUACAACCACCCCACCUACGACUGCUACACCAUCUCCUGCUACAACCACCCCACCUACGACUGCUACACCAUCUCCUGCUACAACCACCCCACCUACGACUGCUAGACCAUCUCCUGCUACAACCACCCCACCUACGACUGCUACACCAUCUCCUGCUACAACCACCAAAACCACCACUGCCAGCCCCACAGCAACAAGCACCACCACUCCAGCAACAAGCACGCUUCAAACUAGUACGUCCAGAGUCACCUCCACCACACCUGUCCAGACCUCAGAGGGUCCCCGAUGCUCUGCAGACCUGAAGGAGAUCAGCUCCAGCUCAGACUCCAUCGCGGUGCAGGUAACGUCGGCCGGUCUGUCCUGUAACUUCAGUCUGUUCUGCGCUCUGCACUCAUGGUCCAGUCCUACCCACUGCGAGUCUGAUGGAGAGACCAGCAGCAGUACCAUCUGUAAUAUAACUGGACUGCAACCCGGGACAGUGUAUCAGCUGACAGCGGUUUCCAGGAAGGAUGGUGAGAUUAGCCGCGGGACAGUUCAGACAGACCCAGUUGCCCCAGCUCGUCUGGACCUCCAGCUGGGCCCGGCUCAACCUCAUCAUAAAAGCCUGUUUGCGGUUCUAAGCGGCUCGGCUCUGACGGUGUCUUGGACUCUGCCUGCCGGUCAUGUGGACUGGUACGAUGUGACUCUGGAGGACACGAGCUCCGGAUCCCGGCGCAGGACCAGAAUCAUGGGCUCUGCAGCCUCCCAGACCGGGUUCACCUCUCUGAUACCUGGGACUAUGUACAAAGUCAGUGUGGUAGCUUCAGCUGGGAACAAGAGCGCCUCACCUGUCCACGCAAUGACAGCUACAGCUCCCUCCUCAGUGGACGGCCUGCAGGUGGCGUCCUCUUCCUCACACAGCCUCGGGGUGACUUGGCGGAUCGGCUUGGGCCGCACGGAGAACCUCAGGGUUCUUCUGAGGGAUCAGGCUGGUGUUCUGCUGAAGAACAUCACUCUGAAGAACAGCAGCACCUCGGCAGAGCUGGAGGGUCUGCACCCGGGUACCCCGUACACCAUCACUGUGGUAACAGAAGCAGUCGGCCUUCAGAACUCCGCCUCCACAGCAGCCGUCACAGCCCCAGCACCUGUGUCACAUCUCAUCCUCGAAAAUAACGGCAGCUCGGAACGUCUGCGGGCCUCCUGGCUCCCACCUAAAGGAGGGGUGGAAUCCUACCUGGUGACCCUGAGAGCUCCAGGAUCCAACCCUCAGCUACGUCACCUUCUCCCUAACAUCACCCAGGUGGAGUUUGACGGUCUGACCCCAGGGCGUAGCUACAAGGUGUCAGUCAGCUCCUCAGCAGGCGGUCAGAGCACCGAGAGCAGGAGCACAGCAAGGACAGUACCUGACCGGGUGUCAGCGCUCUCCAUGUCGGCUGAUGCUCAAACACUGCGGCUCAGCUGGCUGCCCCCUAGAGGCGACUGGGAGAACUACAGCAUCAUCCUGAAGAACGGCUCGGUGGUUCUGGCAAAUGAGACCGUCAGUAAGGUGAGCAGGCAGCACGCCUUCUCCGGCCUCGGCCUGGUCCCCGGACGACUCUACAGCGCAGAGGUCACAGUUCACAGCGGCGUUCUGGGUAACACGGCGCGCUGCAGCAGUCAGCUGGCGCCGUGGCCUGUGCAGCAGCUGCUUGUACACCAGGCUGACGAAACCUCGCUGAGUGUCCAGUGGAGUCGGCCGCUCGGACAAUGGGAUGGCUUCACUGUGCUUCUCAGGCGGGCAACCGCCUUUGCCACCAUCGUAGGCCAGAGGGUCCUCGGCUGGGAGGCCAAAGACUGCACUUUCAACAGCCUCACCCCUGGGGGCCACUACAUCGUUACCGUGACAACCAACAGCGGCAACCUGAGCGGUUCCGCCUCUGUGACGGCACGGACCACUCCAGCUCAGGUCAGUGGGCUGCAGCUCUCCAACCUCGGCAGCACCGACAGCCUGCAGGCGCAGUGGGCACCGGCCUCCGGAUAUAUGGACUCCUACCAAGUCCUGCUGGUUCACGACAGCAGCAUCAUCAAGAAUGAGAGCGUGAUGGCCAACAUCAGCAGCCUCAGCUUCCAGGCCCUGAGACCGGGUGCCCUGUACCGUGUGGUGGUGACCACGGUCAGAGCGGGACACGUCUCCAGACAGACGGUGUCCGAGGGACGCACAGUGCCGGCGGCAGUGAGCGAUGUCAAGGUCAGCAACAACGGGCGCAUGGACUUCCUCAGCGUGUCUUGGAGUCAGGCUGCAGGUGAGGUAGACAGAUACCUGGUAACCCUGAGUGACCGGGAGAGGACCAUUCACACCCUCACCGUGCCCAAGUCGACCCCGACAUGCGUCUUCGACUCGCUGGUGUCUGGACGCCUCUACAACAUCUCCAUCACUACCUGCAGCGGUCCAUACAAAAACCACACCUUCAUCCAGGAGAGGACACAGCCGUCGAAGGUCCAGAGCCCCACAGCGACCCACAAUGCUUCGGACGACUACCUGAAGGUGUAUUGGCGUCACGCUGCUGGAGACUUUGACCUGUACCAGGUGUUCAUCAAGCACAACAACAUCUUCCUGCAAAACAAGACGGUGCCAAAGACGGAGCACAACUGUGUGUUCACCGGCCUGGUGCCCGGCAGACUCUACACAGUGCUGGUGACCACGUGGAGCGGAAAGUACGAAGCCAUUGCCUCCACCCAUGGCAGCACCUUCCCGGCGGCGGUGCGUUCCCUGACUCUGGCUGGGCGGGGCACCGAGGACCUGCGGGUGACGUGGAUGGCAGCUCCGGGUGACGUGGAUCACUACGAGGUGCAGCUGCUGUUCAGCGACAUGAAGGUGUUUCCUCCCAUCACUCUGGGCAGCGGUGUGAGGGAGUGCGUCCUGUCGUCACUCACACCUGGGCGGCUUUACAAGAUCAUAGUUUCCACGUACAGCGGAACCAAUCAGAAGGCCCGGUACAUAGAGGGACGCACAGUUCCCAGUAAAGUGAAGAACAUCCACGUUAGCAACAGUGGAGACAGCAGCAGUCUGAUGGUGAGCUGGACUCCUGGUCCGGGCGAUGUAGACGGAUUCUCUGUGUUUCUGUACAGAGAGAGACGAAAGUUAAGUGUCCGAAGCGUCCUCAAGCACCAGAACGAGGUGAUAUUCGGCUCCCUGCAGCCCGGCCAGGUGUACGCCAUCAUGGUUCAGUCUGUGAGUGGAGACCUGGUGAACAACAACACAGUCACAGGGCGUACAGUCCCCUCUGCGGUGACAGGUCUCCAGGUGGACUCCCACCACACCACCUGUAGUAUCCAGGUGAGCUGGCAGGAGGCUCUGGGUGUGGCUGAUGGAUAUGUCCUCCAAGUUCUGGACGACAGAGGCAGCAUGGUGAGAAACGUCUCUCAGCCCUUUGGACACACCUGGCAGCAGUUUGACGGCCUCACACCAGGAAAAAAGUAUCGAGUCCUGGUCCAGACCACCAGCGGCGGGGUCCACAGUGUUGGGGUCAGCGCUGAGGCUCGGACAAGCCCAGCGUUGGUCACCAAUCUGGCCGUCACUGCAAACACCACCACCAGCCUGUCCUUCCACUGGUCUCCACCAGAGGGAGACUUUCAGCUGUAUGAAGUUUUUCUGUAUGAUCGUGAUGAUCAGCUGCAUGAGAAAAGGCGUGUCCAGUCCAACAGUCAGCAGUGCUCUUUUCAGGGCCUCAGACCUGGAGCGACUUACAAGAUGUUGAUCCAGAUCCACAGUGGAGACCAGACCAACCAGACCUCCAUCGACGCCAGAACAGUCCCGUCAGCCGUGGGGUUCCUGAAAGCUAAGAGUGGAAACCAGUCUGACAGUCUUUGGGUAAACUGGGAGCGUGGUGACGGUGAUCUAAGUGGAUACCAGCUGUAUCUCUACAACCCCAAUGGUUCUCAGCAGGCCAUGCAUCAGCUGGGCUCAGAGGCCACAGGGUUCAUCUUCUCAGGCCUCAUAGCGGGUCGCCUGUACCGAGCUGAGGUGCUGAGUCAGAGCGGCGGGCUCAGCAACAGGGCGAGCACGCUGGGCCGGACGGCUCCCAGACCACCUGCCUCCAUCUUAUUCAGGGGGGUGACCAACACCUCCCUGGAGAUCACAUGGAGCGGCCCUGUGGACUCCGACUAUGAUGACUUUGACCUGCAGUGGACUCCUCGGGACCGGCUGUCCAUCAUCAAUCCGUACCACACCCGGACGUCCAGCAACCGCAUCCUGAGGGGGAUGUUCCCCGGACGACUCUACAACUUCAGCCUCCGCACCAUCAGUGGGACCACAGAGCCCGGGGCCACACCUACCUAUAGCACACCCAUCCGCAAAGGCAUCCGCACCAAGCCAGAGAGAGUCCACAGCCUCCACUGUCGCCCUCAGAGUUCCACCUCCAUCUCCUGCUCCUGGGUAACCCCGGACACAGACUAUGACUCCUACACCAUCGAGUGUCUCCGCAAGGAUUCCCACACACUGAUGUACUCCAGACUCGCUGAGCGGGACUCCAACAGCUACAUCAUCACUGAGCUGGAGCCUCACAAACACUACACGGUCUCUGUGAAGGUCAUGUCUGGUGGGAAGCCCAGCGACGAGGCUCAGGACAACGUGGUCACCAUGAUUGACCGUCCUCCCGUGCCCCCCUCCGGUACCCGGGUCAGUGAGCAGUCUGCUGUGGUCACCAAGUCCUCCAUCUCCUUCCAGUUUAACUGCAGCUGGUUCAGUGACAUCAAUGGCGCUGUUAAGUACUUCACCGUGGUGGUGACUGAGUCUGAAGAUGUUAGCCUAAUGCAGCUGGAACAGAAGCAUCCACUGCCCUCCUACCUGGACUACAGCUCCAACAGCUCCAUCAGGUCCUACCAGACCAGCUAUUUCCCCAGCCGAUGCACAGAGAGCCCUGACAGCACCACCCAGAGCUUUAACAUCAGCUUGGGGACUGGGAUGGACUUGCUAGGGGGCACCUGUAAUGCCAGAGGCUCAAACCAGGACCCAGAGUCCAGCGGAGAUCCGAACCACUUCUGUGAUGGACCCCUGAAGCCAAAGACUGCCUACAGGAUCAGCAUCCGAGCUUUCACUCAGCUGUUUGAUGAUGAUGUGAAGGACUUGAGUGUCUUGUCUCCACUGUUCUCUGACACCUGCCUAUCGCAGCCCAUCAUCACUGAGGCUGAGCCUCUGAGCGGUGUCAUCGAAGGUGUGAGUGCUGGACUCUUCCUCGUUGCUGUGAUUGUGGGAAUCACCGCUCUGUUUGUCUGCAGGCACAGAACUCGCAAAGUUGAGGAAGAGAGGCUGGAGGUCAGGAUAAAUAUGAGGAGAGAGAGAGCAGCAGCAGGGAACCAGCUGGGUGUCAGAGGCAGCCGUCGAAUCUCCAGUCCCAUUAAGAUUGUGAACUUUGAGUCUCACUACAGCAAACUACAGGCUGACUCCAACUACCUGAUGUCAGAGGAAUAUGAGGAUCUGAAAGACGUCGGUCGUAACCAGCCUCUGGACUCGGCUCUGCUGCCGGAGAACCGGGGAAAGAACCGAUACAAUAACAUCCUGCCCUACGACUCGACGAGGGUCAAGCUGUCCUACGUUGAUGACGACCCCUGCUCUGACUACAUCAAUGCCAGUUACAUCCCAGGUAACAACUUCCGGCGGGAGUACAUCGCCACACAGGGUCCUUUACCUGGAACUAAAGACGACUUCUGGAAGAUGGUUUGGGAGCAGAAUGUCCACAAUGUGGUGAUGGUCACUCAGUGUGUGGAGAAAGGAAGGGUGAAAUGCGAUCACUACUGGCCGUUUGAUCAGGAUCCUCUGUACUACGGAGACCUGAUCGUCCAGAUGCUGUCAGAAUCGGUUCUACCUGAGUGGACGAUCAGAGAGUUCAACAUCUACAGCGAGGAGCAGCUCGGCUUCAGUCGCCUGGUUCGUCAGUUUCACUACACGGUGUGGCCAGACCACGGUGUCCCAGAGACCACUCAGUCCCUCAUCCAGUUUGUCCGUACUGUCCGAGACUAUGUCAACAGGACUUCGGGAUCUGGACCCACUGUAGUCCACUGCAGCGCUGGCGUGGGCCGAACGGGGACUUUCAUUGUCCUGGAUCGAGUGCUGCAGCAGCUGGACGCCAAAGACACGGUGGAUAUCUACGGCGCCGUGUUUGACCUGCGACUCCAUCGAUCCCACAUGGUGCAGACUGAGGUGCAGUAUGCAUACCUGCAUCAGUGUGUCAGAGAUGUCCUCAGAGCCAGGAAGCUACGCAGCGAGCACGAGGGAAUGUACAGGAUGUGAGGCGAUGCUGACCCUGACCGUAACGAUUGUACUGACUGCUGAGCCGUUGCUGAGCUCUUCAGAGAGACAUGUACAUAUAUUUUUCUACAGUGUUCAUAUGUCAAAGAGAAAUGUUUAUAACUUUAAUUUGUUUUAAUUUAUGUUCAGCUGUGUGAUGUCUUUCUGUAUAGAUUAUCUAUAGAUUAUUGGUUGUAUCAUCUCCUAUGUGUUUGAUUUGCUGGAAUAUUGGCUCCAGUUUCUCAGUUGAGUUUCUGUUGUCCUGUUUAUAUCUCCGUCACAGAUGCUCAUACCUGUAAGUUUACCUGUGCUUGUACCUGUAAGUGUACCUGUGCUCAUCUGUAUGUGAGCAGCUUAUUAAACACACAACACAAAAAUA